AUGCCAGGCGUCAUCGAAAACUCGGAUUUUACCCUCACCGAGGAACAGAAGGCUCAUUUCCUCGAGCAUGGCUACGUGAAAGUUCCCCAAUGCUUUACUCGAGAGCAAGCGACAGAGUUCACAGCCAAGAUGUGGGCGAGACUCGGCAUGGAUCCGGACGACAAGAGCACUUGGACGGUGGAAAAACAUAACAUGCCCUGGCACCAUCACGUUCCCGUCGAAGAGUUUUCUCCUAAGGCGUUGUCUGCCAUGUGUCAGCUUCUUGGUGGAGAAGACAGGAUUUCAGAUGAAAUUUUCUGGGGAGAUGGAUUUAUCGUUAAUUUGGGUGCGCCGGAAUAUAAGCCCGAAGAUGAACUGAAUUUGAGAAAUUUGGAGAAUUGGCACAAUGAUGGAGACUUCUUCAUACAUUUUCUAGACAGUCCCGAGCAGGCAUUGCUGGUCAUCCCUCUGUGGAGUGACAUUGAAACAAAAGGUGGCGGGACUGCAGUGUGUGGAGAGGGCAUCAAACACAUUGCCAAGCAUUUGUAUGAACACCCAGAAGGUACGACGCCUUGGAUGAGAUCCUUGCAUGAUCCAACACAUGCAAGGUAUGAGGGCCGAGAAUUUUGGCAGGAAAUUGCUUGGAACGCUUCAAAGACCAGGGACGAAAGUUUUCAUGAAGCAACAGGAGAAGUCGGAGAUGUCUUCCUCUUGCAUCCACUAAUGCUUCAUUCUGCCUCGAGGAAUUUGUUGCGGAAGGUACGCAUCAUUACCAAUCCUCCAGUGUCUCUCAAAGAACCGUUUUGCUUUGAUAGGGCAGACCCGAAGGACUAUUCCUUGGUAGAGCAAAAGACUUUGAAUGAUUUAGGGAUGCCGAAUGGGAUUCCUGGCUGGAACAUUACAAACCCAAGAGGUCCGUGGCGGUCAAAUAGAACCAAGAAGCUGGAGGAAUUGAGGAAGAAAGAACUUGAGAGACUGAAUGGUCAGCCUUCGGUCGUGGAGUCAUAUUAG